UUUUGUAUUAAUUUCUAGUGAAAGUUAAUUAGUCUAGUGUCUAGUGGUAAGGUGCAAGCUGAAGACCUGGUUGCGAAUAUCAAUCAGCUCAACUGCCAGUGGACUGUCACUUUUUCUUCAGUAUUCUAUUUAACUCAAAAAAUUCUGACUUUCGACAGCUUCACCUAGGUAACUUCCACGUCUAUUUCAGUCGGAAGAAUGUGAAGGUAAGGAAGACUUAAAUAGGUGAACAUAUCUCAAUUAAAAUAUUAUACAGACAUAAUUGAAGGAAUCCCGAUCUGACUAACCAAAAGAAGUAUGCAGUCGGAUUGUAAACAAAAUAAUCGUCACGCCCGUACGAAAAUAAUCGUGGAAUGCCGGAUAUUGCGCCGCAGGACGCUCAGGUGGCUGCGCGGGCGCCACUGCUUUUAUUAUCUGUGGCGCGCGCAAACGUUUCAGUUCAGCUUCAGUCUCCGCGAGAGACGCACGUCUUUAAAGUUUCAAAUUUAGAACUGAAUCGAUAUCGAACACGAUACCGAAUAUUGACAUUGAUUUUUGUUGGAAGUGAUUUUAAAAUUUAAUUGUUAUUGGUGAAUAUGAAGGUUCUUGUUGACGACAAAGUGUCGUGUGUGGGGGAGGAGCCGACAGUGGAGGAAACGCAGAAGUUGACCAAGGAAGAAUUAAACAGAGGCUGUCCCUUGGGCGUGUCCCGCGUGACUCCAUCCCUCUUCGUGUGCGGUGCGCACGCGCUGCCCGGCGCGGUGGGUGCGCUCCGGCCCGCGCUGGUCGUGAGCGCAGCCCCAGAGCUGCCGCCGUUCGAAGGCGCCCCCCUGCACUGUGUUCCACUGCUAGAUACACCGCAUUCCGAUAUGCACCCGUAUAUGGAGAGAGUUGCUGAUCUGAUUCAUGAGGUCGUAUCAAGCGGAGAAGUAGUAUUGGUGCACUGCGUUGCUGGUGUGUCCAGAUCUGUCACCCUCUGUCUGGCUUACCUGAUUAAGUGGGAGAAGAUGACCUUGCGGGACGCCUACCACCAUAUGAAACUUAGACGACCGCAAAUCCGGCCAAACACCGGCUUCUUCAAGCAGCUGAUCAAAUACGAAGAGAGAUUGUUCAGCGCGCCCUCCGUCAAAAUGGUGUACUGCGAAGCCAUCGACAAGGAGAUCCCAGACGUCUACGAACCAGACUACAGAGGCAUGAUGUGGUUCCGGAAGAGAUACGGGCCGAUCGAGAAGUGCUAGUGGCUGGGGAAGUAUGAAAGCGUUAGGUAGCGAGAUACUAGUUCUUCUACAUAAUUAACAGACCUUAUCAGGUCCACUACUGAGUAUCCUAGGCUUCUCUUGUACUUAGUACGCCACUUCUCCCGGUCCUGGGCUAGUCUUAUCCAGUUGUGACUCGCAAUUUUCGGAAUGUCGUCGACUCAACGAGCCAACGGAUGCCAGGCACUUCUUACAUUGUUCUCUUGUGGAUUAGUAACUAGUAUCUUGCCAAAGUGAUUGUGUGGAUCUGAAUAGGAACUUUGAAAGAGAUCGUAUGAAAUGAUUCAAGACUGAGCGGAUGAAUGCUUUUGAAUGUGCUAGGAGAGGUCUGAAAGACUGGAGGAGUAAUUAAAAAAAAUGUCGAUAUGAUACUUAUUAAUAAGGUUAAAAUAUCUCGUGUAACAAGGAUCUGUAAUUUGGAUUUUAAGUACAAGUAAGUAAACUAGGUAAUCAUUUUCUUAUCUUACUGUCACUAGCUAUGAUCAUUUUAAUUAAUCAUUUUUUAAGACAGUUCAAACCAAGUAAAACCAAGUACAGUUUUUUUCCUUGUGCAAAUAAUUAUGUCAACAUUUUCUAAAUAAUUUAAACUUUGUUGUAAAACCGAAAAAAGUUACAAAUGAUCAUCUGUUAUGUAAAGUUAGUCGUAUAUUUGUAAUUUACGUCAAUAACUUGAGCUUGUAAAGUAGGAAGGUAGAUAAAAGCAAUGUGAUAUGUAAUUGUUAUGUUAUCUUAGUCAUUAAGUUAUUUAUUCGUGUUUAAUUUAUCGGGACCAAAAUAAAUAAGUCAUGAAUUUUCA